ACCCUCCACCUCCUUCCUCAAAAGAUAUUUUCUUUCCCUUUUCUUCUCGCCUUCCUCUCCAAUUGCUCCGCUCCUUGGUUCGUGCUUGCUAUUUCGCUUCUCAUGCUUUGGCUUCUUCCGAUCUGUGCGCCACAUAAUCCCUUGAUUGACCUCAGAAUCUCGUUCCUUUACUAGAUAGGUAGAUUUCUUGCUCAGCUCGGAUUUGUUUGUCCUCUUCUUCUUGCCUUGUCCUGCAGAUUUCGGUGUCCAAUCGCUCCAAGAUUUUGUACUUUUCUGUUUUGCUUGAUCUGUUAGCCUUUCUUGCUGUCUUGUCCUUUUCUCUGUGUAAGAGCUCAGUUCUUGCUUCAUCCUCUCGUUCUUUCAUCAAAUUCGAUUCCAUUUCCGCUUCUUGGGGUCACAAAUUUAUUCCUUCUGUUGCGUUGGUGAAGAGAAAGGCGCAGUGGAAGUUACGAGGUAGCGAAGUUGAACUCUGAUUCUUAGCUUAAUUUGCUCGCCAAAGAUGAGAUAUUUGGGAGUUGUAUGGUCAAAUCCGUUCUCAGCACCGAUGUCUCCUUUGACUCUUCUCCCUUCUCUCGUCGUCCUCCUCCUGUGCUGCUCGCCUCUAGUUAUCGCUUCCAUCUUUGAGCCAACACUUUCACAGGCUGCUUGUGGAGACGACCAAGUUGCCAUCUUGGACGCCUCUGAUGGCCUCCUCAACCUGUCGGUCAACGGGGUUCUGGUGCCGGACCGUGUUCUUGGCUGCAAGAAGCUCCGCUCGUACUUCAGGAACGGUUGCCUCCAUUGCAGCGAGCUGUCGGAUGCGUGGAGGGGUGUUGUGAAGCAAUACUGCGGCCAAGGAAGCGAAUCGAGCUAUGCUCAAAAUGUACCAAGGAAGCUUUUGCGGCAGCCCACAGCGAAUAGUGCAAAAAAUGAUUAUGAUCCAUGUGGAAGCAUGAGCUUGCAUGAAACUAAUCAGGAUACCAAUGAUUCUUCAGAAAAAGAAGAUCAUCUCCUGGCUGUGCCAGGUGUGAUUCUCCUAUGCUGUGGUUUCAUGCUUCCAUGCUUUCAUGCCGAAAGAAAAGAAGCCAGCAGGCACAACACUGCAACGAUUCAGCGCAAUGCAGUUGAAUCAGUUUCAUCCUUUGAAGUAAGCACAUCGUCUGAGAAGGUCCCACCGACUCCACAUCGAAUACCUCCAAGUCCGUCUAGAUUUGCACCGUCGCCACAUAUAGCUAGAGUUGGAUCUAUGAGCUUAAGCAUCCAGCAGAUUCUCAGGGCAACCCAGAACUUCUCACCUUCAUUUAAGUUAGGUGAAGGAGGAUUUGGAAUGGUCUACAGGGCUGUAUUGCCAGAUGGCAACGUUGUUGCAGUCAAGAGAGCUAAAAAGGAUCAAUUUGCAGGUCCGAGGGAUGAGUUCAGCAAUGAAGUGGACUUGCUUGCUAAAAUAGACCAUCGCAAUUUGGUGAGGUUACUGGGUUUUACUGAUAAAGGAAAUGAGCGUAUUAUCAUCACUGAGUAUGUUCCAAAUGGCACCCUUAGAGAACAUUUAGAUGGUCAACAUGGAAGAGUUCUGGAUUUUAAUCAGCGCCUAGAAAUUGCAAUCGAUGUUGCUCAUGCACUUACUUAUCUCCAUCUGUAUGCAGAGAAGACAAUAAUUCAUCGCGAUGUGAAGUCAUCAAACAUCCUGCUGACAGAUAGCUACCGGGCUAAGGUUUCUGACUUUGGAUUUGCAAGAAGUGGCCCCAGUGACACAGAGAAGACACACAUAUCAACGAAAGUGAAAGGCACAGCUGGCUACCUGGAUCCUGAAUACCUGAGAACAUACCAGCUAACUCCAAAGAGCGAUGUCUUCUCAUUUGGCAUAUUGCUUGUAGAAAUUAUUUCUGCUCGCCGACCCGUAGAGCUGAAGCGAACCCCUGAAGAGAGGAUCACAAUCAGAUGGACUUUCAAGAAAUUUAAUGAAGGCAACACAAGAGAGAUACUGGACCCGUUGUUGGAGGAUCAUGUGGAUGAUGAGGUGCUUGAAAAACUCCUUAGCUUGGCAUUCCAAUGCGCUGCUCCAACGCGAGAGGACCGUCCGACCAUGAAGGAAGUUGGGGAGCAGCUGUGGGAAAUACGGAAAGAGUAUGGAAAGAGCAUCAGGAAGGUGUGAAAAUCAUGCAGAACGUGCUCUUUCAGGCUUUCCUGAAAAUCAUCGCCCAACCAUGCAAAUCUUUACGCCGAUGGAUACAUAUCUGAUGAUAUGUUUCUGACUUGACAAAUAUGGUCUGAACAAUGUACAGAGAGUGAGAUAACAUCGCCAUCAAUUUGUAUCUCCUUUGUUUAUCGGUUUGCAGUGGACGUCCCUAUGGAGUUACAAUUCUUUUAGCGAAUGUGUAUUUGGGAGUUCUCACAUUUCUUGUUACAAUUUAUGUGAAUUGGAGCAGGAAACAAUCAAGUAAAAAUAGGCUCUAGUUGGGUUAAAAAAUAAAGUGAUAUGUUACUGGUUCACAUUGAUAUGAUAUUAUGAUGCAUGUAGCCGCACAAGAGUCGCGUAGUGUUUAUAAGUUCGAUACAUGAAUGGAUUGUGUAGCUAUUGGCAGAAACAGAUGGAAUAUGAAUCCAGUAUUGUUUAACAAAUAUGUUCGAAUACA